AUAACAACAAUAAUAAUAAUAAUACGAUGGGCACAACCGAUACCAGUGUACCUUCAUCUCCUCUUGCUGUUACACCCAUUGAACCUACGCCUUCUAUUGAGACCACCGAACAAGAAAGACAACAUUUACAAGACUUGGAAGCCAUUAGUCAAUUACAACAAAUGAGUGCUGCUCAAACACAGGCGUUAGCUUCUGCUGCUGCUGCUGCCUUAUCCAACAGUUCGAACUUUCACUUGUUCGCCAACUUUGACUCUAACGCUGCCUUGGCUGCGUCCGUCAUGGCCGCUGCUGCCAACGUCAACAACAAUAAUAAUAACAACACAACAAACAAUAAUACGUCGUCUUCUACACCUAAUGAGGAACUCUUAAACCAACAACAACAGGUGGGUCAUCCCCUACCCACAGAGAUUCUUAAACGUGAACUAAUGAACCAAAAGGUGAGAGCUGAUAACCGAGAGCGUAAGAAACGUUGGAGACAACAAAACGAAGAACGAAACAAGGAUAAUGAUCUUCGUUGUCGUGUUAAUAAGAGGGCACAUAAAUUGUUUGGGAAAGAAGACAGCGAGCAUAAAAAGAAAUGGAUCGAUGAUGAAUUUUUAAAGCGUCAACAAAAGCGAAAGGAUAAAGAGCGAAGAAAAGGGUUGGUGGAUGAUUCUUUGGGCGGUCAUCAUGCCAACUUGGUUGCUGCUGCUGCUGCCGCUGCUGCUGCUGCCGCUAAUGCUAACGCUAACGCUAACGGGAUCACUAAUGGCAACGCUAAUACCAAUGGCAGUGCGUCAAAUAACAACAAUGCGUCAAACACAAAUACAAACACCAACAUGGACAUGUUAUCCCAUCAAGUUACACCUACGCAACCUUUGGGAGGUUUAACAGAUGCAAACUAUUUAACUUUAUUAUGUAAUAAUCUCGGUAUUCCAGCUGCUGCACGUAGUUUAAUCGGAAGCGCUCAUGGUAUGUCGACAAACACGACCGAUAACACAAAUGAGAACACACAGCAGCAACAGCAACAAGAACAGACACAUGAAGAAGAUGGGGGUGCAUCAACAUCUGGAGCCGAUGGCGAUGUGAAAGAUAAUAAGGUGCCAUUUCCGUUCCAAUUAUUAGAAAUCUUGCAGCAAUUGCAACAAUACCAACCCCAACAACAAACCACGGAUGGCGAAGGCACGGGUGAGUUUAACUUGACGACAGAACAACAGCAACAACAGUUUGCAAACGCAAAUAUGUUGAGUGAUGAUGCCAGACCUGAAGAAAAAUUAGCUGCUUUGCUGACAUCGACACUACAGGCCGCUAAUGCUGCUGCAGUGGCUUCCACGUCAGCGACUGUGAAAGAUGAAGAGAUGGAUGUAGAUAAAAAUAUAUCAAACUCGGAAACAGAAGGUGGUGGAGGUGGUGGGGACCAACAACAGCAGCAACAAAAUAACGCUGAAUUCCCUAUGGAUGCUGUAUUAACAUUAAUGCAAUUAAACGCUGGUUGGAGACAAUAGUGAAUUUUAUUUUUUUUAAUUUUUUUUGCAAGACAACUUUUUUUUUUUUUUUUUAUUCUUAUUAUUUUAAAAAUAAAAACCCAUUAUAUAUGCCCGAUAAGAACAAAAAAAAAA